UCUUAUACCCUAGUUCUGUUAACAAAUUGGGGACAUUGGAUUGCUUGCAAUACUUUGUUAUGGGCAGAGCCCUUGUAGGGGACGUAAAUACAUACAUAUUAAAUUGGCUGUUCUUUUUAUGAAGUUCUUCAAUUUUUUAAUGAACUUACACCAUACAAUGUCUUACAGAAUGUCUAACUUAACUGACCCAAAAGUCACAAGGCCAGGUAACCGAGUCAAGCUUACUACAUGGAUGCCUUGGGGUGUGUUCGUAACGGCUGUCCCCAACAUGUUCUGGCUGUUCCAUAGAACAGUGCGUUUUGAACGCACCAGAACAGGAAAUGGUCAAUUCAAUAUGGCGGCUUCGAUGUCGAUGGGGGCAAUUGCCGGUUUAGCCGCUGUUGUUUUGGAUGAUGAAGACGAUACCGAAGUGAUCGUGGACGAUAUUCCUGCAUUGUUCUUAGCGUCAAUUGCAAGUGUUAUGGAAGGCGAUGAAAAGUCACGAAUUCGUAACUAUGUAGAAGAAGUGGUACCCAACUAUACAGACGAUGAUUUUAAAAGGAUGUUUCGCAUGAACCGAGAUACUCUUUUACACUUUUUACACUUUUGCAACACAUUAAAGAGUUUCCAGAGCUGCAACCUGCAGGGCCGGGACGAAGGGAUCCCAUAUGCAUAGAAAAACAACUUUUAGUAACUCUUUGGUAUGUUGGAGGAACGGAUUCCAUUAGGAAAAUAGCAGAUCGCUUUGGUAUGUCAGAGUCAACGACGGUAGUAUGUAGAGAUAAGAUUCUUUCAGCAAUACUGAAACUUUGUGAUAAAA